UUAUCUGACAGUGGGCGCAUUUUUGACAUUUUUGGUACAUGUUGUGAAUUGUUCACGUGUGUCCGUAGUUUUAUCUGUUUCCAUUUUGUAGGAUGAAGCCGAUAAUUGAUUCUGAAUCGGUAAAGUUGGACAAAAAAAGCAGCCCUCAGAAUAUCAAGCAAAAACUUUUCAGACAAGAUGGUACAAACAAAAGUGACAUAAAAGUAUAUAUGCGUAUGCAUUCAAAGAAGAAACGGGAAAAGUACAUUAAAUCUACAGUCGAGGAUAAAACGACUGAAUCUGAACAAAAUACUCUUUUGACAUCUGGUCUCAAGGUGGACAGUCAGUUAGAGGAAUCUGAUCGCUUAAGAUCAAAGAAGAAAACUCGGAGGGAGAAAAAUAAAAAUGUAACAAAGCGUUUGCCCGAACAUCCUGAUUCUAUUAUGAGCAGUAAAGACCAUUGUAGCGUAAGCAGUCAGAAUUGUCUAUCUCUACUCAUCACCAACCUACCCAAACACAUAAAUUAUUCAAUGCUCAAAGAUGCCAUACCAUCGGCUGCACGCUUGCAUCUAUUCAGGAAAUCUGGAAAGCGUUUAGCGUUUGCCAAUUUCUAUACCAUGGAUGACUAUUCAAAUGCCAUUAGUCGUUUGGAGGGACUUGAGUUUGACGGGGUCAAGCCAUUGUUUAGGCAAGUUACACGCCAUGAAAAAACUGAAAAGAAGAAACCUGAGAGUGGUGAAUUGAGGCUGACUAUUCAUAAUUUACCAUACUCUAUUACUAUAACUGAGUUAGAAGAUGAAUUUCCUACAGCCAAAUCAAUCAUAAUAAAUACGAAGAAAACUGGAGUUAAUAAAGGAUCCUGUUUACUUGAGUUUGAAUGUCAUGAUGAUCUUCAAGUUGUUCUGGAUGCUUGUCAGAAUAAAGUGAUCGGUGGUCGCCGUGUAUCUGCCUUGUCCGGUCUUCAUUUUGAAAUUAAAUCCGAAAACACUAAAGCAAAUACUAAAGAAGCCACUACAUUUAGCAUAAAAAUAUGCAAAAUGUCUACAUCAAUAGAAGAUGAUCGACUUCGACAGCAGUUUCCAUUGGGAUCCAUAAUUGAAUAUUGUUCAGUGCCUACUAGUAAUCCAUCAUGCAGAAAUGUAUUUCUCACUCUCAGGAACAAUAUAUCUAAUCAAUUAAUUGUUAAAAAACUUCGUAGAAAAGGUAUCGACCAACAUCGCCUGCACAUACAAUCAUGGUACAAAAAGGACUUCAAAUCUCAAAAAAUUGAGCUAAAGCCACCAACUGACGGUAACAAAAACAAAAUUGAUGAACCGAAAUUAAAGGCGAGUGGUUCAGCUGAAAAUGGUGAAAUGACAUUUUCAGAAUCAGAUAAAAAGAAUAAAUCAAAAAAACAGAAACUUGAAAAAAUGGAUGUCUCUUUGGAGAAUACUAAACUUGUGGCUUCAGACUCAGCCAAUAAAAAGCACAAAUUGAAAAAACGGAAAUAUGAGUGCGUAGACGUAAAUAUGAUCGAUUCGCAUUCGUCGAACACUCCACAGUCUCAUAAGAAAAAGGAGUUCAAAACCAAAGAAAGAAGUCACAUCGGUGACAAUCCAAAACACAUAGUAUUCGAUCAAGGUAUGUUUGUGUGUAAAUUUAAAUUCUUGGGGAAAGUCUAUAUUGUUUCGCAAAUCCAAUUUUUGAAUCAAUGAAUCUUGCAUUCUUGACAACUGAUGUUCAAGAGAAAUUCAGUAUUCUUCAUACAUGCACACACCUACAAGGUAUUGAAGUUAACCUUAAAAAACAUCGACUUAGUUUCGAGAAACCUAGAAGCAUAUUUCAACAAGCGAUCCCCUAAGGACUAGUUGCUCCAAUGAUGAAAAUUUUUCAUUCUUAUGCCCCCCCCCUAAUGCUACUUUUACGGUCCAUGACGCACGAUAGUAAUCUUACAAAUCACCAAUGAUUUUAAUACUGGUAUUUACUUCGAUUUCAGCUAUAUCUAAGCAAUUAUUUGGUAGAUUGUGUUUAAAUUAUAAUUGUUUUCACGUUUUCUGAUCUUUCUAGAUGGCUAAUAUAUUUGUCAUUGCACAGAAAAUAGUUAUGUCUCUAAUGUUUUUAAAAAUAUUCAUUUCUCGGAGUACCCUCUCAUUGGUAAAUUUGUAGAAAUGAUUUAAAUAUUAAAGUUAUCUUUUCACAGUUAAUAAA